UGAAACAACUAUGAAGAUUGCAGCUUUGUCAUUGAGUUUACAUCUUCUCUAUGUUUUUUUGCAGAUUAUGAGAUCAGCACCAAUCGGUACUGAAGCUGCAAUUUCAACUUUUUUCACUGAUGAUUUUAGGAGUACAUCUCUUAACAGAAGCAGUUUUCCCGAAAAUUUUAUAUUUGGGACAGCAUCAUCUGCUUAUCAGUGUGAAGGUGCAGCUAAUGUUGGUGGCAGAGGACCAAGCAUAUGGGAUACAUACACUCAUAAUUACCCAGAUAAAAUAUUGGACAGAAGUAAUGGAGAUGUUAGCAUUGAUCAAUACCAUCAUUAUAAGGUCUUGAAGCCUUUGUGACCAUAUUUCAUUGGGACCUUCCUCAAGCC